AUGACUGGCCAUGUUGGUGAUUUUGGACUAGCACGAUUUCUUUUUGAAAGAUCCAACAAUCAAAGCACAUCAACUGGGAUAAAAGGAUCAAUUGGGUACGUUCCUCCAGAGUAUGGUAUGGGUGUCCAAGUAUCCAUAUUUGGUGAUGCAUUUGGCUAUGGGGUCAUAUUACUAGAGAUGUUUACAACCAAAAGUCCCACUAAUGACAUGUUUAAAGAUGGUCGAAGUUUCCAUGAGUUUGUUGCAGCAGCAUGGCCUGAACAACUAACGGAGAUUGUAGAUCCUCUAUUGUUCUUAGAAGAAGUGGAGAUCAAGAAUGACAGAGAUGAAUCACCAAUUGUCCAUGAAGGGAGUAGAAGUGGAAUUAAUACAAGAGCAAAAUCAAAGAAAGCUUGGUUCCAAUAA